AGGAUCAGUACAAGGACGUCCUGAUGGAGGACCACCAGUCCCUCACAGCACAGGAUGGAUCCGGUAAGAGGAGUACACCCCAGAGAUGCCCCAGUCCUCAGGAUGGAUCAAGCAUCAAUCAUCCUCAGAUGGACCACCUGAUUAUUGUCAAGGUGGAAGAGCUGGAGGAAGACGAGGAGCAUUAUAAGGCUGAUCUCCUGUCUAAGGAGGAGGAAACUCCUACAAAUCCCAGCACAGGAGAUGAAGGCUCCAGAGGAUCGGAGGGAAAUCUCCCUUCAUAUUCAGAUUGUGAAGCGGAACAUAAUAUCACACCAGAUCCUUAUGAAGACCCCCCUGUUUCUCCUAACUUCCCUUCAGCCCACCAGAGUGGAGAUCCAUCAUGUGAUCCCGCUACACUCGCAGAACCCUCAUCGGAUCAGUCGCAGGUUCGUAAACCAUUCCCGUGGGCCGAGUAUAGGGAAUAUUGUAGAAACAGAUUAAAUGUGUUGACGCAGAAGACAAGUCCCCGAGAGGAGAGACAAUUCCCGUGUCCGGAAUGUGAGAAAUGUUUUUCAUACAAAUCAAAUCUUUACGACCAUCUAAAAAUUCACACCGGGGAGAGGCCGUAUUUAUGUUCAGAUUGCGGGAAAUGCUUCACCCGCAGAUCGGACCUUGUGAGACAUCACAGAACCCACACCGGGGAGAGGCCGUAUUCCUGCCCGGACUGCGGCAAAAAGUUUGCCAUGAAAUCAGUUCUUGUCGGACAUCGGAAAAUUCACACCGGGGAGAAGCCCUUCUCCUGUCUGGAAUGUGGGAAAAGCUUCAACCGGAAAUUCAGCCUCGCCGUCCAUCAGAGGACUCACACCGGGGAGCGGCCAUUUUCAUGUACGGAAUGUGAGAAAUCGUAUACGAACAAGAAACAACUGGUCCUGCAUCAGAGGGCGCACACGAAGGCGAAGACGUUGUCUUGACCAGAACGCGGGGAAUGUUGUAGUCGUAAAUCUCUGUACACAGGAGCAAGAUCACUUUUGUGUUUUGCUUUUUUUUUUUUUGUGAAAAAUCUUACAGAUUGGGUGUUAACGAAAAAUUUGGUUUUGUGCCUUUUUUUUUUUUUUUAAGGUGCCAUUUUUUUCACACUUUUUUUUUAUUUUCUUAUUAUUAUUUAUUAUUAAAGCGCUGUUCAUUCCAUAGCGCUGUACAUAUGAUAGGGGUCAUGUUUGGUGUAAAAAAGUUGGAGAACCCUUUUUUUGUGACGGGGGCCAGGACAUUGGGCCAAACACAUUUACUAUCUCAUCAGACGUGACAGCUACUCUAGUCAGGGGCUGGAGUCUUUUUUACUCCCAAGUGCACGGACUGCUGGUGGUGCACCUAAUGUAUGACUAGGCCUGAGUCUCAUCAUAAAUUAGGUGCUUUCUCCACUAGCGAUAGGGGGGUGGGAACAAAGAGCGGCUUUAAAAGCCUGUCUUU